AUGUCUGUGGCCGAGGCUCUUGGUGGCGAUGCGAGGGCACCCGGUGUGGGUUCAAGAGGAACCCGGUUCGUUCAUGGUCUGAGGAUUGGAGAUGUUGGCAGCUUUCAACAGGAAGCUUCAAGACGAAGUGCUGGCAACAGCGAAGAUGGACGUCAUGAGGGUGCUAAUGACCUCACACAUACUGCACUGUCUAAAGCUACAGGAACCAGGUACAAUAACGCUCGGCAGAGCAGCAGGGCCGACUUGCUUGAUCCAAGACUUCCUCACGAGGUGCGACAAGAGUCGACAUACCAUCAUGUGCAAGAAAGCGGAAGCGGUGAUGAAGGAAUAUCAGAGAGAGAUACGAGACUUGCAGCAGGGACAAACAACCCGUUUUCAACGUACACAGAGUCCUAUCUUGGCAGUCGCCAACAGCAAGAGUUCAGCCACUAUAUUGUAUCCCCGAGGAGCCAGAGGAUGACGCCGCAGGAGAUGGAGGAAUAUGGAACUAAACUAGAUGACGUCAGUGAAGAGAAGAAAUUAGCCAAGCAACAACGAGACGCUGAGAGAGUCAAGCACCAGGUACCCUUCGAAUUAAGAAGUGGAAGAGGUGACGUGAGGCUCCCAUACUUCCCUGCACAGCAUCGAGGUAAUUCUGACACAAACGAG